CAUGAGCUGGGGAUUGCUCCUAGCGCCGAUCUCUUUUUGCAUUGCUACGGCGUUCAGCCCUACUGGACCACCGGGUACCUGCGGCUUGUGGCCCGUCCUGGCCGUUCGCUUUUCACCGACAACCCCACCCCUCCGGAAAAAUGGGAGGAACGAUUUGUGUUCGUACACGUGGGGUCGCCGCUUCCUUUCCCUGAUCGGUGGAACACCUAUCCUGUUCAGGAUGCCUCCCCAAGGGUGGAUGCAGCUAUCGUCUGCCAGUACGAAAGGCUCCGUCUGGCUGGUUCCAAGAACCUACGGUCCUUCUUGACUCCUGCUAAGAUGUUAGCUGCUGGCAUUGGUACGUUUCUUCCCUUACUUUGUUCGUUCGGUGUAUUUUUCAACCUCUUGUUCAUUUCCCUUCGUUCUUUCCUGUAGGUGUGAUUCCCCCCGUUUCCAUAAAGCGUCCUGCUCCUACU